GGGCACGGUUCCCGGGAUGUUUCUGGAGUCCCCAUAUUUCUGCCGAGAGGCGGUGGUGGGCGGGGAGGGUUUUUCGCUGCUUUCGAAGGUUUUUGUAUGGAGAAGGCGAGAGAUAUCGAGUUGAGAGGGCCUCUUUUGCUUCUGGUUCUAGGUUUUUGUUUGGUGCUCUGACGGAAAUAUCCUUACAUAUGUAGCGGGUCCGGGUCGUCCGGGUUGUUCGGGUCGUUAUGUUUUGGCCCUGUAAGGGGCAUUAUUGUCCAUCCGAUUCCAUGUCAGUCGGGUUCAUCGUAGGUUCAAGGGUACGACGUCGUAUAGCAGCUUACAGUAUCUUAUCUUCCAAGUCUGCCGUUAACCUCCCCGCCAUCCAUCCUCACUCUCCGGUAAAGCUUCGUAGUGGUGGCUGGAACCGUUCAGCAAUACGAUGUCGUUUGAACUGCGGAUAAGCAUCACGGUGAAUCAAAAGGCCUCCAAUUUCUUCAGAAAUCGUUUCUGAAUCAGGUUUUUGUUCUUUCUCUGUACCCCCUUUUAUGUUUUCGGAUUCUGGUUCUUUUUGAAAUAGUGAAUGCAAUGUAUGCGAAUUUAGCAAAAGGCCAAGCAUUUCCCUUGGCAAUUAGGGUUUGUUCGAGACCCAAAUCGUUUCACACCUCAAACUUUCAAUCUUUACAAAUUGGGUCUCAUCCAAAACCCCCAAUAAACCUUAGUCCGAUCAAACUCACAAAACCCACAUCCGGGUUUGGUGAAAAAAAUUACGGGUUGUCGCAUUUGGUUCAGUUUUCGACCGGUUCGUAUUGUGAGAUUCUCGAAAAGGGGAUUGUUGCAAAACCCAGAAGUGUUUCUGGGGGGUUUAGGAUGAGAAGUGGUACACAGAAUUGGUGUUUUGUAAGAGGACGAGGUUUUUCGAGUUGGUCUGGUCAGAAAGUAAAUGGAGGGAGUGGUGUGGGAAGAGCAGGGCAAAGACUGCCGUGGUUGCCGGCAGCAAAAGCUAAGGGAGCACGAGGGUUGGAGAAAGGAACUACAGCGAAGACAUCUGUUUCGUCUUGGGAGGAAUCUGCAAAGAGGUUAGAGGAAGUUAGUGAUAAUGGUUCUUGGGGGGGAGCAGCAAAGAGUUUAGAUGGAGAUAGUAGUAAGUCGUCUUGGGACAAUUCAGCAAGUAUGUUAGAGGAAGAAACAAAGUCGAAAACUGGUCGUGCUUCUUGGGAGGUGUCAAGAAAAAGUUAUGUUAGGAAAAAUGGUGCAUCAGAGUAUGGGAGUAGAGAAGGUAGAACUUGAAGGGGAGCUUUGGUAAGGGAUCGUCAAAAUGAUUACCAUGGGAGGGACAGAAGAUUGGGGGAAGCCGAUACAGAAAAAAAUUAUGUUAGGAAAAGUGGUCCAUUUGAGCAUGGGAAUAAAGAAAGUAGAAUUGGAAGGGGAAGUGCGGUAAAGGAUUAUCAAAGUGAUUACCGUGGGAGAGACAGAAGAUUGGAGGAAGCCAAUACAGAA